UGUUGUAUGAAGUAGACGUUAUGAGCCAGGUUGAAGUUGGGCCAGACAAAAAGGCCCACGCAAUCCUGCUGAGGAAGAGCUCCUCAAACAAAAUGGCAUUGAAGGAAAAGGUUGUCCAGAUCUACGAAGUUUUCUUUCAGGGAGAGGACCCUUCAGCCGGGAAUAGUAACUUCUGGGAUGAGUUCUUUCUUCUUAAGGUGAACAUCAGCUACAUAGAAAAUGAGUUUGAGAAAAUGACUGGAGAAGCUUUGCUUGUUUUGAAGGAUAACUUAAACAUGUUGUUUUAUCGAGCAGUGGAAACAUUGAAAGAAGAUAAUCCUAUUCGUGUUGUGAAUGCUUUAUAUACACUUAGUGCUUUGAUCAAUGGAAUCUUCAAGAAAAACCUUGGUGACUUUGGGUUUGAUGUUAUUAACCUUUUAAUUGGGUUUGAUUCUGCUGAAAAUGUCAUGCAGACCUUGGUGGAGAGUUUAAAUGCCAUUCUUACAGGAGAGUAUUCAAUAACACUGAAACAACAGGUCCUGAAGUUUCUACAAGUUCUAGCUACAGCUGCGGACAAUGUGAGUCAGAACACUCUUUUGGAGUACAUCCUCAUUAACAGUGUGUUUGAGUCACUGCUACAAAUCCUCAGUAAUUCCAUCUCCAGACAAAUCCUUGGUCGUGAUGCUGUACUACUUCUCACUCUUCUGGUGCAGUACAGGAAAUACGAGUCAGCCAACCAGUACAUAGUGAAGCUGUCCAUAGUUGAUGAUGAGUUGGCCCUAACAGGCUAUGCACAAGUUGUCCACAGUGCAUUGUCAGAUUUCAACAAUAAAUUUAGGAACAGGAAUGCUGAACAACAGAAUGGCUGGUUCUCAACUCUUGCUUCUAUGGUUGGAAACAUGUUUGUCGCAGAUGAAAAACAAAUAUCAGGAGUGAGAGCAGAUGAUGCUGUCCUUCUGUCCUUGUAUGAAGCUAUCCAUCUCAACAGAAACUUUAUCACAGCUCUAACACAUACUCACACUCCAUCGACACCCACCACACCCCCUUCCUCUCCCACUCUGUCACAGAGCACACCUCCAGUGGAAAAAGCCUCACCGACUGAUAUAUCUAUGAUAGAAAGUGUAAAUCAGCCCACAAACCUGCUGGUGACUUUCCUAGAGUAUAGCUCUGUCGUCAUGCAGGACACCAAAGAUACCACACGUUACAGCAAUGCCAAAUUGUGUUUAGUUAUCCUCACAUGUAUAGCAGAGGAUCAGUAUGCCAAUUCACUGAUGCAUGAUGUUAACAUGAACUUCAGGGUAAACCUUCAUCGAAUGCCUAUGAGACAUAGAAAAGUGAAAGUAGCCAAUAACAUUCCUUCCAGACCUUUAGUAUGUGCACUUCUAGAUUUAAUGGUAGAAUUUACGAUGAGUCAUAUGAUGAAAAAUUUUCCAAUUGAGUUGUACCUUCGGUGUCUAGGUAUCACUCAGCGAGUUUUGUGUUAUCAGAAGAAAUGUCGUGUAAGGCUGCAAUACCCUUGGAAAGAAUUAUGGACAGCUCUGAUAAAUCUCCUGAAGUUUGUGUUGUCACAUGAAACACUCCUGGUGAAGAAACAUACCAACAUAUUCCAUUUAGCGUCCAAGGUAGUGAAUAUCUUCAACCUGUUCAUUACAUACGGAGACACAUUUCUGCCAAAUCCAACAAGUUACGAUGAGCUCUAUUAUGAGAUAGUGAGAAUGCACCAGGUGUUUGACAACUUAUACUCAAUGGCAUUGCGGUACACAACAAGUGAAGGCGGUGACAGUAAGGAUCUAGCAGCCCGACUGACAAACCAUCUCCUCAAUAUCAGAGCGAUUAUCAACCACUUCACACCAAAAGUAGAUGCCUGGGCUGCCGACAAUCAGCUUGCUUCUCUGACAGAAGAACAGGUUCUGGAGGUGGUGAAGAGUAACUAUGACUCCCUGACACUUAAACUACAAGACAGUCUUGACCAGUUCGAACGCUAUUCAGAAAAACCAAGGGAAAAUGCUUUCUUUACGCAACUGGUGAGGUCAAUUGUGCUGGAUGUAAGAAAGACCACAGGUCAUUAUCUGACACUCAAACAGCAUGAUGUCUUACAGGAUGUGGUAGCCAUAUCAGAAUAAUAAGCUUGAGUUGCUGUGACCUUGACAUCGUCAGAGUGAUAGCCUUGUGUUGCCGUGACCUUGACAUUGUCAAAGAUAUAGCCUUGUGUUGCUGUGACCUUGACAUUGUCAGAUUAAUGGCCUUGUGUUGCUGUGACCUUGACAUUGUCAGAGUAAUGGCCUUGUGUUGCUGUGACCUUGGUAUUUCAGUAGUCAGUGCUCUGAUACAGGGCUCUCGAUUUGCCAGAUUUGGGGCCGAUAUUCGACACCAUUCCCAAUGCAAAAUGGUAUCUUUUUUCCCAAUUUCGACCCCAAGUUUUCCCAAUUCUAAGGAAAACACCAUUAUUUUUCCCAAUUCUAAGGGCCUGGGCCCCAGUCCCAAAAUGGGGUGUGAGAGCCCUGUGAUAUUACAUUAAGAUAGUGAGUAGUAAAGGUAAUCCCUCAUGGUAUUUAAGUAUUUAAUAACACAUUCAGGUGGGCACAUAAUUAAAAUUAUUACUUUCAAACAGGGAAUAAUUUGAUAUUUGAAAAAAAAAUGUCAGUGUAAAUGGAGUCUAGAAGUUUUCUAUGAAUCAAGGAUCAUGAAAUACUCCAGAUGAUCAUAAUGCUUAAAAUAAAAUGUGACAGGCCAAGUGAUGUAUGGUUUGGAAGGAAUCAUGCAAAUUUAGGUUUUUUUUAAGAUUUCAUUUUGUGGAUCUUUUUUUCUAUUUUUCCAUCACUGCCUUAAGUCCACAAUUCAUGAAUGUUGCAGAUAAAUACACUUAAAAUUAUCAAUUAUUGAAGUUCUUAGAAGCUGACAACUUUGUUUCAAAAAUAAUAUAAAAUACUGGAAUAUUGUGAUAUGUAUGUUUGAGGGUUUUGUGUAGAAAUGGGUAUGAAUGUCAGAUUGUCUUGAGUGCAAUAUCUGUUUUGUAAAUAAAUUAAUGAUGUUAGAUGCCAAAAUAGUGUAAAGAUAGAGUAUUUAAUAUAUAUACACAGUAAAACUUGUAGAUCAUUGUGUAUCAAUAAAUUAAAUAGUAAAGUAAGCAAAUUUUGUUUUCAAACCUUAUGUAUACAUACAUAAAUGUGGUGAACAAAGGGACUUCAUUUUUUAUGUAUAGCUGUGUGUCCAAGAGUUUAUUUAUUUUGUACUUCAAAGACAGACAUCUUGUUUUGUUGGUUCUAAUUAGUGGAGUUUUAAGUUAAGUGUCAUACUGGUUGUUGAAUGUUCAAAAUUUUGUAUAAAGCUGAAAGGUUGCAAGCACAUGUUUAUCAAUCUCAUAUAUGUUGAUAUGCAAGUAUAUAUGGAAACUACCUGAUAGGAUUUCAGUGCAAAAGCAGUUGACACAUUUUCAAAAGGCAGAAAAGACUAUUGUUCUUUAACAGCCCUGUAGAACAACCUCAGGCUGUUACAGCUGUUUUUUAUUAUUUUAAACUUUUAUCAGGCCGCCAUUGUUUUUCUUUACAUGUAAAGUCUGCUGAUUUACAAUAUCACCAAAAGCUGUAUCAUAAAGCCAUUAUAAAUUCUAUCAAUAUUAUAUAACCCUCGUUACAUAAUGAAAGUCAUAAACAAAUGCUUAAAAACAUUGGCUACAAUGGGUUUCCAUAGCUACAGUUGCUGCAUCACCACUUUUCGGUACGACCAUCGUCAGAUCAAAUUUAGAUUUAAAUGUCAAAAAAAAAUAAAAAAACCCAAACAAACAAAGGAUUGGAAUCAGAAUGUCAAUAUUUUAAAACAGAAUCAUAAUAUUAAUAUUCUGCAAGUUAUAAUAUUUGCUGUUGUGUAAUAAAGGUAAUCUUGGUCUCUUUUUAGUCUGGAAAGAGGGUCACAUUAUCACAGUAUUAUCCGCCCAUAGGGUCCAUUCAGUAUAUUUAGUUGGUUGCUGAACUAGUCCACUAGUAGUCCCUGUUGUUUCUAUAGUAUGUCGUUUGUUGGGUGUAUAUAUUUAUAUUCUGGCAUUAUAGGUGUAUAUACAUUGUGUUUAAAUUAAAUGGAUGUGUAUGUUGUGUAUUAGAUACUGAUUUCAGUAGUCACAUGUUGAUAGUUUUCUAAGGCACAUAUUUUUGAUAGUUUUAGGAUUAGACAAUACUGUCAAGGAUUAGACAAUAGUGUCUGUGGUUUAGUUUUAGGAUUAGACAAUAGUGUCUGUGGUUUAGUUAAGGAUUAGACAAUAGUGUCUGUGGUUAAGUUAAGGAUUAGACAAUACUGUCUGUGGUUAAGUUAAGGAUUAGACAAUAAUGUCUGUGGUUUAGUUAAGGAUUAGACAAUAGUGUCUGUGGUUUAGUUAAGGAUUAGACAAUAAUGUCUGUGGUUUAGUUAAGGAUUAGACAAUACUGUCUGUGGUUAAGUUAAGGAUUAGACAAUACUGUCUGUGGUUUAGUUUUAGGAUUAGACAAUACUGUCUGGUUAAGUUAAGGAUUAGACAAUACUGUCUGUGGUUAAGUUAAGGAUUAGACAAUACUGUCUGUGGUUAAGUUAAGGAUUAGACAAUACUGUCUGGUUAAGUUAAGGAUUAGACAAUAGUGUCUGUGGUUUAGUUAAGGAUUAGACAAUACUGUCUGUGGUUUAGUUAAGGAUUAGACAAUACUGUCUGUGGUUUAGUUUCAUGAUGAGACAAUACUGUCUGGU